AAUAUAAGCAUAGAAAAUAAUGGUAAUACAAUUAUGUAUUAAUAUAGUAAUUUAUUUGUGGAUAAACAAAUAAGUAUGUAUAUAUAUGCUCUAAUUUAUCAUGGCAUCUAGCGUACUUAACCUGCAAGUGACAGUCAUCGGACACCUGUCCAACGGUUCGGUUGUAUACGUUUCUUCUUUCAUAUUUCAAAUUAACAAAAUUGUAGUUUUAUGUAUGCUUGAAAUUUAAUUAGCAAUGCAUCGGUCCGUACUUGUCGCAUUCGACUUUGAUCAUACGAUCGCCAAUGAUAAUACUGAUGUCGUGGCUCGAAAGCUGUUACCCAAGGAAAAAUUACCAGACAGCGUUAAGGAUUUAUAUCGUUCUAGCGGUUGGAUCCCAUACAUGGGGAAGAUAUUUGAAUUGCUACAUAGCAAUUCUAUUGAUGUAAAACAAAUUAAAAAUGCUGUCGUUAAUAUACCUCCAGUGCCGGGUAUUGAUAAACUUUUAAGAGAACUACAUUCUCGUGGUUGUGAAAUUAUUAUUAUUAGCGAUUCAAAUACAUUAUUUAUUAGCGAGUGGUUGCAAAGUAAAAAUUUAAAUCAUGUUAUCACUGAAACAUUUACAAAUCCCGCGAAAAUCGGUGACGACGGUAUGAUAAGGGUAGAUAUGUAUCAUAUUCAAAAUUCUUGUAAAUUAAGCACCGUCAAUUUAUGUAAAGGAGAAAUUUUAGAAAGUUAUAUUAAAAAAAGGAACGACGAAGGAAUACAUUUUGAUAGAGUGGUGUAUGUUGGUGAUGGAAAAAAUGAUUUAUGUCCGAUUUUACGACUUUCUGAACGCGAUUUAGCAUUUCCACGGAAAGAUUAUAUGCUAGUAAAGAUAUUAAAUGAUAGUAAAAAUUAUGAAGUGCCGAAAAUACAAGCUGCUGUUUUCCCAUGGAAUGAUGGUAUUCAAAUCUUAAACAAAUUAGAAGAAGAAAUUGGUCUUUCUCAAUCUUCUAUGUAAUUUUAAUAAAUAAUAAAUUACCUACUACAGAGGAAUAA